GCUCCGCUUCUGGGUGAAGCAUCUCCUGCCGGGCUGGCAUAUCGAUUGAUUCGCAUCGGAUUCUGGUGGGUUCAGUGGAAAACUCACACCUCCGGCUAGAUGGAUUACCGGUAACUCACAUUGCCACAACGGUGACUUAUACACGAGCCGUGCAGCAGUCUGUCGACGCAAAAAGCCCACACCGUGGCGGAUCACUCUACCGAUAGUCGAGUGUGGAUAUGCGCUUCCCGCUCGAUGUCUCUAAUCCGUAGGUGUGGGGGUGCGUACGACUGAGCCCCCCUGGCCCACUACCGGUAGGGCCCUGCACAUCUCGUCCCGGAAGACCACUCGCACGGUACGGUACUGUACUUUGCACUCGGCUCCCCCACCUAUUCCACGUCAACUUAUAUCUGGUGGGAUCCACUGCACAACACUCCCCCAAUCGUCUUCCCUUUCCCUCCCUCACCCUUUCCCUCCAACCUCUUGGGUCAUUUUUCCCCGUUUCGUCAACGAAUCCCGGACAAACCCAUCAACAAUGUCUAAACAACCAGAGCCCAUUCCGUUCCCUGUGUCCUUUGCGGCAGGUUGGUACUCAUUCGUUUGACUUCCUAUCCAUCUCUACGGCAACUUAUAACCAUGUGGACCAACAGGAGCUAUCGCGGGAAUCAGUGAGGUCAGCAACCCCACCAUUCUCGCGGAUGAAGUGGUCAAUAUGCUAACGUGGACCUUUUUUUUAACGUCUAGAUUCUUACUAUGUAAUUCUCUACCUGCAACUGAACCCAUAGUGCUCUCCCUUAGAGUCGACUUUGUUAACGGUGGUUUGAUAGGUAUCCUCUUGAUGUGGUCAAGACUCGCGUGUGAGAAUUUCUCGCUCCAUUCGAAUCCCCACAGCAUCGCACUAACCCAAAUUCCCCGUGUCAAGUCAACUUCAAGAUAAUACUGCAAAGGGUGCCGAUAGGUACAACGGCAUGGUCGACUGUUUCCGCAAAAUCAUCAAGAACGAAGGGUUCGAUUCAAAUAACUCAAUCGAAAGCUCCACAAUUUUGCUGAUCGUUACAUAAGGUUCCCGAGAUUGUAUCGUGGAAUUGCUGCACCUAUCCUUAUGGAAGCUCCCAAGAGGUGCCGCCUCCCCCAUAUUUCCCAUAGCUCCCUCCUUUUUUGAUGGUUAUUCCUAAUUUAGGUCUUAGGGCGACCAAGUUUGCUGCGAAUGACGAGUGGGGCAAAAUCUACCGCAAGAUGUUUGGCGUAGCGGAGAUGAACCAGCCUAUAUCGGUCCUUACUGGUGCCUCUGCCGGUGCUACAGAAACCUUUGUCGUUGUUCCCUUUGAGCUAGUCAAGAUCCGUCUCCAGGAUAAAAAAUCCUCAUAUAACGGACCUAUUGAUGUAGUGAAGAAGGUGGUUGCAUCGGAUGGACUAUUGGGUCUAUACACCGGACUGGAGAGCACUAUGUGGAGGCACGUCCUGUGGAACGCGGGAUACUUUGGAGUUAUCUUCCAAGUGAAGAAACUUCUUCCAAAGUCAGAAACCAAACAGGGGCAGAUGACUAAUGAUCUUGUUGCCGGAUCCAUUGGUGGAACAUUCGGAACCAUCCUAAAUACCCCGUACUAUUUGCCCCCACCCCCCUAAUAUUGGAGCCUCCAUUUGGAAAGACCCUACUAACCUUAAGGAAUAACAGUGCUGACGUGGUUAAAUCUCGUAUCCAAAAUACUGUCAAAGUCAAGGGUGUCGUUCCAAAGUAUAACUGGACUCUUCCGUCGAUAGCUCUAGUCGCCAAAGAGGAAGGCUUUGCCGCGCUUUACAAGGGAUUCUUGCCCAAGGUUCUUCGUUUGGGCCCAGGAGGGGGUACGUCUCCUAUUUCGCUCAACCCCGUUACUGCCUAUCGUAAUGGCGAUCCCUUGCUAAGUUCCUCACUCUUCUCAACAGGUAUCCUUCUCGUCGUCUUUACUUCGGUGAUUGACUUCUACAAGAAGAUGAAGGCAAGCAACAAGGCUUGA